CCGAUGAUGGAUAGUUGGGAAAGAAAUGGAUGGAUGGAUGGAGAGGUGAUGGGAUGAAGAAACGGACAAAUGGUUUGCAGGGACAUAAAUGCACAGGCGGAUGGCUAGGGUAGUGUGGAUGGAUGAGCCAAUGGGAAGAGUAAAGGGUAGGUGAACUGGAGGUCCCUGGUGGCCUAGCGGUUCAGGAUCUGGUCUUGUCACUGCGGUGGCGCACGUUCAAUCCCUGGCCUGGGAACUUCCGCGUGCCGUGGGUGCAGCCAAAUAAAUAAAGACACAGAAGACAGGACAAUAAUGUGUGAAGAGAAAUAUAUAUAUAUUUAUAGGUUAAUAAAAGAUGGGGCUGUGGAUAGAUGGACAGAUGGGUGGGGGGGAUCCAUAAGGGAUAGGUUACUAAAUAGGUGGAUGGGGUGAAUAUACAAAUGAAUGAGUGAAUGGGUAGGUGGAUUAAUGACUACAUGGGCAGGCGGGUGGGUAGAGUGAUUGGUCGCGUGAGUGGGAGAAUGGCUAGAUGGGUGGGUGGGAGGAGGGAGGGAGACACGGACACCUCAGGAGUGAGCAAAUGGCGAAUUACAUGGGUGGGCAAGUCCAUCGAAAGGCUAAAAUUGGCCCUGCCUUACUGCUCCCUUCUAGCCACAUACAUUAAAUUACUAAAGAUGAGGCGUCCUCUGUGUGCCAUGCCCCGUGCCACCCCCUUUGACAUCACCGCAUUUAAUGCUCCCAACGACCCUAUCAGGUUGGGGUGACUUUCCAUCCAAGGCCGGAGAAAACGAUGCGAGUCACUUGCUCAAGGACACAAGUCAGUGGCAAAGCCGGGGUCUGAACCCACCCCUGCCAGAGGCACUCGGUAUCCAGGUGCUCAUGCUACCAGGGAGCCCAGCCCUCUAGGAGAGGAGGCAUGAUCUGAGGCUCCUGGAUGCGGACCGAUGAGGGAGACCACCCCUCCGAGUAGGGCCUGCCUGGGGGAGAACCUGCUGUGGGGGUGGGGCCUGACUUGUCCCCACCUGUACGCCCCUCGCACACACCCCCUGCCCAUUUCACAUCCGAAAGCAUCUAGUCCCAGAGCAGCGGUCUUGGUUAACGCUGGGCUCUCACCCCUCCACCAUCACCGGGGAGCAGCUUUGGGGGCCUGGCAUCUAGAGGAACACCCCCCACCACCACCACCACUUUUCCCCUACCCCCUUUUUCCAGCCUAGGGGGUGGGGAGGGGACACAGCGCUGCAUCAUUCCCCGUGGCACUCCGCGAUCUGGGGCCAUUAACAGACGCCUCCCCAUCGAUCGGAUCUGCUAAGUGCUGCUGAUUCAGACGGGUGGGGGUGGGGGCCUCUGGGGGCAGAGGGGGUAGGAUCUGGGCAGGAAGAGGGGGGAGUCCAGGAAGGAGGUGGGGAGAAUUGGCAAAGCUCCCUGCCACCCCCAUUUUCCAGAUGACGCGACUGAGGCCCAACCAGCUUUGUAGGAGGCGGAGUCUCCCCAGGGUCCCUCUCAGGCUGUCCUAGGGGAGGGGGCUCUGGGAGCCACGAGGCCCCUCCCUGCCUCUCUCCCCAUCUCCCGGCAAGCUCAGAGGGGCGGGGAGAGAGAGCCAGAGGAGGUGGAGAACUCCGGCAGCUCUGCAGAGGGGGGCAGGAGCUCCGGGGUUUGGUACCCCCAGCCCCACCGCUGUUGCCGCCGCUGCAGCGGGGACACAGGUGAGGACGGCCCUACGGGGAGGGGGAGGGCGCCACCAACAGUGCUGUCCUUGUCCUUCCCUGGUCCAGCCCCCAUGCCCUAGCCCACCCUGGGACAGUUCCCAGGGUUCCUGCCGGACCUUGUCCUUCCAGAGCCUCCUUCCAGGGACCCAGCCCCCUCCUCCUGCCUGCGCUGCCUUCUCCUCUCCCAGGCCUGGCUGUGGCUGUUUCUCCUCUUCCUCCUCCUCCUGCUGCCGCUGCUGCUUCUGCCGUUGUCCAGCAUACACCGCCAGCCCCUCGGGGUGUGGUUUCCCCAGACCAGCCCCCAACGGUGGGACGCUGCCUGAUCGCUGCCUUCCCCUUGGGCCCCCUGCAAGGCCCAGCAGCCCCCCGCCCUGGAGACACACCCAACUGCCUUUCGACACCCCAACCCGCUCUUCGGCCCAUUUUGAGAGGGACCCCCUCUUCCUCUUAGUCUUUUUCCAUCCUCUGGGUGCUCUGGGGCUGUGCUCAACUUCCUUCCAACUGAGCCCCAGCCCCAAGGGAUUCCCCAGGUCCCUUCUCUGUAGCACGGGAACUCUUGAGAGGGCGGGCCGGGCUUUCUCAGCCCACCCCACCCCCCAGACACCCUUCUCUCCUAGACAUUUCAGCCUCUGAAAAAUAACCCAGCCCCAUAUCUGUCCCUUUAGAUACCCCAUCUGGUUCUCCGGUCCUACUAGGGGGGCCCCCCCCUCCUUCCUUCCCCAGAACUCCUGUAGCCUGUGGCCACCCCACCCCCAGGCUACUCCUGGCAGCUCUAGGCACUCCCAAGACACCUCUCAGCCUCUUUACAACCUCCUGGCUCUCCAGCCACCCCUCAGAUGCACCAGCUCCUUUCCUAGAUCCACGAGGGGCCUCCAAACCCCCUUCUUCCCCCCUCCCCCGCGGAAGUCCUGAGAGUUUGGACAACCCUCCUUCCCUUCUCUCAGCCCCUCUAGAACCCCCUCCAGACACUCACAGCCUCUUGGAAACACCUCUGGUCCCAUUUCUACUCCUCUGGAUGCCCCAGUCCCCUCUCUGACCCCGCUAAGGGGCUCUAGUCCCUUCUUCCUGCCCUCAGAAUUGAGAGUGUGGCCGACUCCUCGGUGCUUCUUGCUUCUAGACGCCUCCAGACACCCCUCAGGGACAUGCUGACCCCUCCCAGCAUCACCUCAGUCUCUCUAAACACUCCCUCUUCGUGGCACCUCUAGAUCCUUCGUGGCACCUCUAGCCGCCCCUUUCCUGCUCCUCUCCAUGUCCCCUUGCCCCUUCUCCCUCAAGACAUCCCCCAGGUCCCCCUGAGACCCUCUACAUGCCCACCAAGCCCUUGCCCACCUCUCUAGUCCCGCCUCCUGGUUCCUCUCGGCCUCUCUAGACGCCCCCCCCCCUCCGUUUCCUUGUGCGAGUGGCCCAGGGCCUCUCCAAGCCCCCACCAUCCUGGAGACAGCCCCAUUCUCCUAAAGGCCACCCCCACCGCCAAGUGUCCGCAAGCCUGGGGCGCGGCAGGAUGGCGGCAGGCGUGGCCACGUGGCUGCCUUUUGCGCGGGCGGCCGCGGUGGGCUGGCUGCCCCUGGCCCAGCAGCCCCUGCCCCCGGCGCCGGGGGUGAAGGCAUCGCGAGGGGAUGAGGUUCUGGUGGUGAACGUGAGCGGCCGGCGCUUUGAGACCUGGAAGAACACGCUGGAUCGCUACCCAGACACCCUGCUGGGCAGUUCAGAGAAAGAAUUCUUCUAUGACGCAGACUCGGGCGAGUAUUUCUUUGAUCGGGACCCGGACAUGUUCCGGCACGUGCUGAACUUCUACCGCACGGGCCGACUGCACUGCCCGCGGCAGGAGUGCAUCCAGGCCUUCGACGAAGAGCUGGCUUUCUAUGGCCUGGUGCCCGAGCUCGUGGGCGACUGCUGCCUCGAAGAGUACCGGGACCGCAAGAAGGAGAACGCCGAGCGCCUGGCGGAGGACGAGGAGGCCGAGCAGGCCGGGGACGGCCCGGCCCUGCCGGCCGGCAGCUCCCUGCGGCAGCGGCUCUGGCGGGCCUUCGAGAACCCCCACACGAGCACCGCGGCCCUGGUUUUCUACUAUGUCACCGGCUUUUUCAUCGCCGUGUCGGUCAUCGCCAACGUGGUGGAGACCAUUCCGUGUCGCGGCCCUGCGCGGCGGCCCCCGAGGGAGCAGCCCUGCGGCGAGCGCUUUCCGCUAGCCUUUUUCUGCACGGACACGGCCUGCGUGCUCAUAUUCACGGGGGAAUACCUCCUGCGGCUGUUCGCCGCCCCCAGCCGCUGCCGCUUCCUGCGGAGCGUGAUGAGCCUCAUCGACGUGGUGGCCAUUCUGCCCUACUACAUCGGACUCUUCGUGCCCAAGAACGAGGAUGUCUCGGGCGCCUUUGUCACCCUGCGCGUGUUCCGGGUGUUCCGAAUCUUCAAGUUCUCCAGGCACUCACAGGGCUUGAGGAUUCUGGGCUACACGCUCAAGAGCUGUGCCUCGGAGCUGGGCUUCCUCCUCUUUUCCCUUACCAUGGCCAUCAUCAUCUUCGCUACUGUCAUGUUUUAUGCCGAGAAGGGCACAAACAAGACCAACUUUACCAGCAUCCCCGCAGCCUUCUGGUAUACCAUUGUCACCAUGACCACACUUGGCUAUGGAGACAUGGUGCCCAGCACCAUCGCUGGCAAGAUUUUCGGAUCCAUCUGCUCACUCAGUGGCGUCUUGGUCAUUGCCCUGCCUGUGCCAGUCAUCGUGUCCAACUUUAGCCGCAUCUACCACCAGAACCAGCGUGCUGACAAGCGCCGAGCGCAGCAGAAGGUGCGCUUGGCCAGGAUCCGGUUGGCAAAGAGUGGUACCACCAACGCCUUCCUGCAGUACAAGCAGAACGGGGGCCUUGAGGACAGUGGCAGUGGGGAGGAACAGGCGCUGUGUCUCAGGAACCGUUCUGCUUUCGAGCAGCAACAUCACCACUUGCUGCACUGUCUAGAGAAGACCACGUGCCAUGAGUUCACGGACGAGCUAACUUUCAGCGAGGCCCUGGGCGCCGUCUCGCUGGGUGGCCGCACCAGCCGCAGCACCUCCGUGUCCUCCCAGGCCCUGGGGCCUGGCGGCCUGCUGUCCUCUUGCUGCCCCCGCAGGUCCAAGCGCCGUGCCAUCCGCCUGGCCAACUCCACAGCCUCGGUCAGCCGGGGCAGCAUGCAGGAGCUGGACACGCUGGCGGGGCUGCGGAGGAGCCCUGCCCCUCAGAGCCGCUCAAGCCUCAAUGCCAAGCCCCAUGACAGCCUUGACCUGAACUGCGACAGCCGGGACUUCGUGGCUGCCAUCAUCAGUAUCCCCACCCCUCCUGCCAACACCCCAGAUGAGAGCCAACCUUCCUCCCCUGGUGGUAGUGGCAGUGGGGCCAGCAGCACCCUCAGGAACUCCAGCCUGGGUACCCCUUGCCUUCUGCCCGAGACUGUCAAGAUCUCUUCCCUGUGAGGGGCGGGCCUGCCCAUCCCGAGGGCCCUCUCAAUUCUUGGGGACUCCUUUCCAAAGCCAUAUUUGGGGGGCGGCAGAGAAGGGCAGGCCUGGGGACCCCUUCUGCACCUCCCCACACACACUGAGAACUAUGCAAUGGAGUUUCAUGGGUGGCCCCUGGUGGGAAUAUAGCUAGGGAAUGGGAAACUUCCCCCACCCCAGACAGGUUUCCUGGUGGGAGCUGAAGCGCAGGGCUUCCUCGGGCCCCCAGCCUCCUUGCCCCAACACACUGGGACUGGCCCCUCUACCCCAGCUGGCCCCCUGCAUGCUCCUCCCCUCUGGAGCUCUGGCCUGAGAAGGAGAGGUGAGCCUUCCUCUUCUCUCCAGCUGGGCUGUGGAGGUUUGGGGGUUCAGAGAAGAGAACCCUCACGUCUGAUCUGGGCCUCUAGAAGCAAUCCCACCCUCCACCAGGCCCAACAACUCCCAGAUUCCGAAGCUUGGAAUGCGAUCACAGGCUUCAUGGGCUGUGACCUCAGCAAUGACCUGCCACUCCUAGGCUUUGGCUCAGGGGUCAGGCUGCCUCUCCCAACAUACACAGAUAGCACAAACACCACCACCCCUUUCCCUAGCUGCUGGAAAUGGGUCCCCGCAACCCCGUCCUCCACUGGGCCCCCAGCAAACUCUUAGCAAUAGCAGCUGCUGCCAUGACAUGAUGCAAAGCCUCUGCCCAGUUUGCUGCAGCAUUUCUAUCUGCCCUAGUCGUAAGGGCCGCCUCUGGACGACUCCUCCUUCUCUCUUCUCUGGUUUGCUGCCUUCCUGGGUUGGGCUGGAGUCUGGACGAGCUGAGAUAAAAGCCUGGCAGCUAGCAAGAGCUGGGCUGUGUUUGGAGAUCAUGGGCUGAUUCCAUGUUCUUGGGCAGGAGUCCAAAAGUAGAAGAGUCUGAGGACCUGGGUUGUUCCUGAACUCUGGGAGCUGUAGGAGGCAGGAGGACCUUUCUUACUCUCCUCCUCCUCCCCAACAAUGCCUUUUCACAUACUCCUCUUUUUUCUUCCUCUCGGGUCACCUUCCAGAACUCCGUGUCUGCUCUCAGGCUGAAAUGUGACAUCAUCUCAGGUUCCCUGUCCCCAGCACUGUCCCUGUGGAGCUGGAGGCUGACAAAGAUGUAGUUUCCAUCCGUCAAUAAAACCUGAAAGGAGAGAGAA